AUGUCUGUUUCUAAGAAGUUAACUUUGGACAAGCAGGAUGUUAAAGGGAAGUGAGUCAUCAUGAGGGUAGACGUCAAUGUUCCCAUGAAGAAGAACCGGAUUGCAAAUAACCAGAGAAUCAAGGCUUCCAUCCUAAGCACCCAGUACUGCCUGGAUAAUGGAGCCAAAUCCGUAGUUCUUAGGAGUCACUUAGGUCGACACUUAGGUGUCCCUAUGCCUGAUAAACACUCUCUAGAGCCUGUUGCUGCUGAGUUCAAAUCUUUGCUGGGGUAGGAUGUGCUGUCCCUGAAGGACUGUGUGGGCCCCGAAGUGGAGAAAGCCUGAGCUGUGCCAGAGGCUGGUUCCGUCAUCCUGAUGGAGAACUUGCGGUUUCAUGUGGAGGAAGAAGGGAAAGGCCAAGAUCCUUCUGGACGUAAGCUUAAAGCUGAGCCAGAUAGAAUAGAAGCCUUCCGAGCGGCACUCUCCAGGCUGGGGGUCGUCUAUGUCAAUGACGUUGCUCACCGGGCCCACAGCUCCAUGGUGGGCGUGAACCUGCCUCAGAAGGCGUCUGGCUUCCUGAGGAAGAAGGAGCUGGAUUACUUUGCCAGAGCCUUGAAAAACCCGGAGAGCCCCUUCCUGGCUAUAGUUGGUGGAGCCAAAAUGGCAGAUAAGAUCCAGCUCAUCAAGAACAUGCUGGGCAAGGUCAAUGAGAUGAUCAUGGGUGGCGGAAUGGCUUACACCUUCCUUAAGGUACUCAACAGUAUGCAGAUUGGUGCUUCCCUGUUUGAUGAACAGGGAGCCAAGAUGGUCAAAGGGAUCAUGGCCAGAGCCAGUAAGAAUGGUGUGGACAUUACCUUACCUGUUGACUUUGUCAUUGCUGACAAAUUUGAGGAGGGUGCUAAGGUUGGUCAAGCCACAGGAGCAUCGGACAUACCUCCUGGCUGGAUGGCUUUGGACUGGACCAACAAGAACUACGCUCAAGUUGUGGCCCAAGCCACGCUAAUUGUGUGGAAUGGACCUGUCCGGGUAUUCGAAUGGGAUGCCUUUGCAAAAGGAACCAAAGCCCUCAUGCAUGAAAUUGUGAAAGCCACUUCUCAGGGUUGUAUCACCAUUAUAGGAGGUGGCGACACUGCUACUCGCUGUGCCAAAUGGAACUCCGAAGAUAAAGCUAGCCACGUGAGCACUGGGGGAGGCGCCAGUCUAGAGCUUCUGGAAGGUGAAGUCCUUCCUGGAGUGGAUGCCCUCUGCAGCCUGUAG